GGGAUGAACGUCGCGCCGCGUAACUCGCCCGCCGCCGCCAAGGUGUCAGUCCGGUCCCCCGAAGCGCCCGUGUCCCGCGGCCACGAUCCCCAGCAGGCGCCUCGCCUCCAUGGCCGCCGCCACGCGUGAGUCGCCCUGCCCAUGACGCACCAUGCCGGCCGCGCUCCCUUCCCCGUCAGCUGGUGAGACGAUGCUCAACUUAGCGAAUCUCGGCGCGGCGGCCUGCCUGGGCGGUGGGCGGCGGUCGUGAUGACGGGCGCUGCGAACUCAUUGAUGUCACGCUCACACACUCACCAUGGGGAAUGGUAUGAACAAGGUGCUGCCGGGGCUGUACGUGGGCAACUUCCGGGACAGCAAGGACCCCGAGCAACUCAAGGCUCACCACAUCACCCACAUCCUCUCGAUCCACGACAAUGCCAGGAAAUUACCGUGCAACAGUGACAAGGAGUACCUGUGCAUUCUGGCCUCCGACUCCCCGGGGCAGAACCUGACGCAGUACUUCCCCGCCUGCAACGACUUCAUUCACACGGCCAGGCUCAAGGGCGGCUCCGUCCUCAUCCACUGUCUGGCCGGCAUGUCUCGGUCGGUGACGGUGGCUGUCGUGUACGUCAUGUGCGUUACGUCACUCAGCUGGAGGGAUUCCCUGAAGGCCGUGCGAGGGGCCAGGAACGUCGCCAACCCCAACGUAGGAUUCCUCAAGCAGCUGCAGGACUUCGAGACGGACCGCAUGAAUGAUGAGCGGCGUCGCCUCAAGGCCAAGUACCCGAGCAUGAAACUGGAGGAGGAGGACGAGCAGAUGGCCAAGCAGCUCCUGGCCUCCUACUACCACUCCCUCAGCGUCGGGAGUGUCGAAGCAACUGUCCUGGCGACUCCGACUCCACCGGAGUGCUAUAUGACUACAACUACAGCUUUCUAUAGUGCUAUAUGA